AUGAUAUCCGCCCGAUCAAUGCGAGUUUUCAGACUCCUACAGCAACAAUCCUCCAACCUAUCAACAACAACAACAACAACCACCAACUGGAUUCCGCCCGACACCCUCCCCAGCGAAAACGACAUAGACCAUUUCCGACAACAAUACUUCGCUGCCGAGAAACCAGUUGUAGUUCGCUCAGCUGAGUCUGCUCGCACUCUACCGGGUUAUCAGAAAUGGUUCGUGCAGCAUGAAACAGGCGGCAGCAGCGUAGGUCUGAAUUAUGAAUAUCUCUCCCAGUUCGGGGAUGCGGUUGUUCCGCUGGAAAUGACUGCCACCACAUCCUCCGGAGAGGGUGGACUAGGAAAGGACGGACAAGUACAAUUCAAACGCCUGCACGCGCCAUUAUCGAUGUUCCUAGCCUAUACCCAAUUCGCUAGUCCGCCCUCUCUUGUUCCGCAGAAUCAGAAUAUAGCGAUGACGACGACGACGACAAUCUACCUCGCCCAAGCACACAUCUCCGACCUUCCACCUACACUCUCAUCAGACUUCUCCCCACCACCACGCCUUGUAACAGAAACAGGUAGAAAUGACAUCUACGCGGCAAAUCUGUGGAUUGGGUCACCGCCAACGUAUACGCCGCUGCACAAGGAUCCAAAUCCGAAUCUUUUCGUGCAGCUCGCGGGUGGUAAGCGUGUGCGAAUUUUAAAGCCGGGGGAUGGGAUGCGCGUUUUUACGGCUGUUAGGAACCAUAUUGCCAAUAGCAAUGGUGGCAAUGAUGGAGGUGGAGCAGCUAUUAGAGGAGAGGAGAUGAUGAUGGGAUCGGAAAGGAAGGUGCUGAAGGAUGUGAUCUGGGGUGAUCAUCACUCAGAUCCUGCAGUGGACAGCGUGAGUAGAGGGAUGGUUGGGUAUGAUGUUUUGCUGGAAAGAGGAGAUGCGUUAUUUAUUCCCAAGGGGUGGUGGCAUAGUCUCAAGGGUGUGGGGGAGGGGAUUACUGCUUCGGUCAAUUGGUGGUUUAGAUGA